AUCCAACACGGAGAUAUGCAGGUACCCCAUAUACCAUCCGCUAAUCCAAGGUUCUUCCAGGUGUUCAAUACGGAUAUGAACAAAGUCCGUUUAUUGAGCCAAACUAUGAUUAUUUCUACAGAAAGAGAUUUUCGUGUAUCGGUUAGAGGAGAUUAUGUUGGACAUAGCAUCACACUUCCUUCAAAAGUACAAAACAUCAAGAUUAUGCCCAAACUUCUUCAGGAUUUACUAACAGAGCCAACUCGAGUGACUAUCACAGUAAUCCAAAAUAACACCAAGCUUAAUUUAUCUGAAGGAGGGUUUUUAGAAGAUAAUGAUCCACCAUGCUGGAACAGUACUUUAUCAAAAGGUGUAAACAUCAUCAAGAUCAACGUUACUGCAAAUAUUACACAGCCUGAUAAUAUGGUGUCUGAUUACCGAAGUCAAACAUACGUAUUAUUUGUUACAUUACCUUGGUAGCCGACUUUAUACUUUAUUUUUAUUUUUAUUUUUAUCUUCAUUUUAUUCUCGAUUUACAUAGCACUUUGUAGACAACCAAGCUUUUCUUAGUUUUUUUACUUUCACCCUCACUCUCACUCUCACAUUACACAGCACAUUAUAUAUCUAUAUACUUUUAUGGUGUCUUUUGUCUUAAAGAAUGUUUACUGAGACUAUCAUAAACUGUUUAUUAAAAUAAUGAUAAUAAUAAUAAUAAUAAUAAUAAAGUAUCUGACAUCUGUAGAUUUUAAUG